GCUUUGUUUUUCAGUAGAGACACAUCGUUGCUGUUGCACAUUGAACUUGUAUUAACACAGGUGCAGUAGGAGACAAGAUAUAGACAGUUAGUUAGUUAGUUGUGGACUCCUGUCACCAUGAAGAGGGUUGUUGUGUUCUUUAUCGCCUGCUGGGCUGUCUCAGCGCUGUCACUGGCUGAAGAAAAAACGAAUUCCAAACCUUCUGCAACCGUGUCCCCUGCAGAUGAGUUUAGCUCUGCUACAGUAACCCCCACCAAGGCCGCCACCACCAGCAAGGCCAAGCCCACCACCACCCCCAAGCCCCCCAUUACAACUACAGCUCCUCCUGGACCUACUCCUCCUGCCAAGCUGACUGUAGGAAACUACAGCAUUACUGACCAACAAAAGACUUGCCUGUUGGCUCAGCUGGCACUGCAGAUCCGAAUUUCAAAGGAGAAUGGAACCUUCACUGUUCAGCCAGAUUCAACCACAGCAAAAGGAUUUUGUAAGGAAAGCACGGCCAACCUUACCCUACUGUUCAAGGAGGGCAACAUCACCUUCUUGUUCAAUAAGAGCAUUGCUGAUAAUACUGUCUACGUUUAUAACUUGUCUUUUAACCUCUUCUACGCCUUCAGCAAAGGAGAGAAGAAGAUGUAUAGUGCCCACAACGCGACACUGCAUCUCUUUGCCGCAAAGAUUGGACAAUGCUACUCCUGCAAGAGUGACUCCAUUCACAUGGGGGAGGGAAUGUACCUGGAUGUCACUCAAGACAGGAUGCAGGCUUUCAAUCUGACCAAGAGUGGCGACUUUGGCUCUCCUAACUACUGUCCUGCCGACCAGCCCAAUUACCGCAUUGCCAUUGCGGUGGGAGUGGUGUUGCUGGUGCUCAUUAUCGUGGUGGUGGUGGCCUACCUGCUGAGCCGCAGGAAGAGGACCGCCGGCUACCAGUCUCUGUGAGGGGGACUAGCUGGAGGUUGAUAUACAUCGAAGGCUUUCUCUGGUGUUCAAAAGCACUUCCACUGAAGCCUAACCUGCCACGUUUUUGACUUUAUGUCCUGGUUUACUCAUUAAAUGCUGUUUAAAAACAGUGUUUUAUCCAGAGCUUACCUAGUGUGGAGACUGGAGUAGCAACUCUCAGUGCUCCAGUUUAAUCGGUAAAUAAAUUGGUACAUUUUAAAAGCUGUCACAAAUUGAUAAAUCAAAUUAGGACAUAAAAGUUGUAUUGAUAAGUUCAAUGUAAAAAAAAUAAAUGCCAUCAUUAAAUUUG